UAAGCUCAUAUUGAAAAUUAUUUAUUUAGCGAAUAAACCCAAAAAUGUCCAUUCAGAGGUACAACCGAAGAGUAAGCCAUGCGAAUAUGGUCCUUCUAUCUAGUGGUUUUAGCAAGAUUCCUCUUCCUUCGAGCCACCAGACAUUAAUUAGGUCAGUAUCUAAUAUAAAUGGAACACUUUCGAUCUUACAGUCAUCUCAGGAGGCAACUUUCCAUCCAAAAAUAAAGAAGGAUAUUUCAGUUAUCGACAUUUUGAAGGACCAAUCUCAUAUUGAGAACAAGACGCACAUGAAAUAAGCUGUUUACUACAUUUGAAAAGUUCCCUGUGUUUGAGAAGCUUAAGAUGACGGAUUAUGAUUACCAGCAAAAGGCCACCCUUUUCAAGUCUAUGAAGUAUAAAUACUUCCAUGAGAAGCAAACGAUCUUCAAGUUCGGUGACUUUGGUGACCAAUUUUUCAUAAUUCUUAAGGGCAGGAUCGGAGUCCGGGUUCCUAAGACUAUUAAGCAGAGCUUUACGAGACAUGAGCUGUUUAAAUUUAUCCUUAGCAACCAUGAAUUUAUUGAUCUCCAGAACCCUAAUAACUUGAAAAUUAAUGAAUUCAGUGAGAUUUCAGAGGGUAUUCUUGACCCCAAACAUGAAGAAAUGAGGCAGAAGUUAAACCAAGAAUCUAAAAGUUCUUUCCCAUACCAUGAAUAUAUGCACUAUUAUUUUGAGAAAUGACCUGCUUUAAGGAGCUACUGUAGUGACAAAUCUAAGACUAAAAAGACAUAUCAGCUGAAUAUAUUCCAAGAAGUGUUAAUCCUUUCAGAGGGAACUUGUUUUGGAGAACUUGCUUUGAUGAACUCAAAGCCUAGGGCUGCAACAAUUGUUGCUCUGUCUCCUUGUCACACAAGUUAUCUGACUAAGAAGGACUAUCAGAUUAUCAUUGGGAGAGCUAUGAAGAAGAACAUUGAUAGUAUCAAGGACUUUUUGAAGCAAGUUUGUUCUCUUCAGCAUUUGACAAAUAAUACACUUCAGAAGUUAAGUUAUUAUAUUAAGGAAAUUAAUACUCCGAGAGGACAUGUGGUGUUCAAGGAAGGUGAUGAUGUUGAUGGAAUUUUCUUGGUGAGAAGUGGAGAGUAUGAAAAAUAACAAGAUUUAUGAAAAAGACCUAGGAGAAGGAGGCCAUAUGAAAAGAGAGAAGUAUAAAUAUGAGAUGAGAUGUGCCAUUAUUGGUCCUAAGGAAAUAAUUGGUCUAAAAGAUGUAAGAUCUAACAAAUCUAAAAGAGAUUACGGAAUUAGAUGAAUAUCAUCACAUGGUGUACUUUACUUCAUCUCAAAAUCACACUGAAAGAUAAACCUCGGCAAAAUAGGUCUUCAGAAUGAAAAAUAGAGACGAAAUGAGCCAAAAGCGUGUGAGACAUAUUACAAAGGUUAUUAAAACAAAUGCUCAGAACAAGCUUAACACCAUCAAAAAUUAUAAGAACAAAUCUGUGAAGAACUAUUCUAAAAUUCUAGACAUUAAGAAGAAGAAUCUUAAGUACACACUUAACGUGAUGGAGCUGAAAAGUCUAGCGAUGAAGGUGCAUAAUUCACGGAACACGACCCCUACUGUAAAGUCUACAUUUGCGAAGCCUUCAUCUCAUAACUCACCGCAGAGAAAGUCGGUGAUUAGUCAGAAAGAGGCUUCACCAAGUUUUGUCAAGAAGACAAAACUGAAAGAUGAGUACUUCACUAGGCUAGCUCACCAAUAUAAUGAGAUCAUUGAUUCACCAGAUCUGUUUGUAAAAUAAAUACAAUGAUACUAGGAAGAGGAAGAUGAGGAGGCCAGGAGCUAUUGUCCUGCAUAAAAGAAAUCGUAAACCAAGAUUUAACCCGAAAGUGAUGAGUGAUCUCAAGAAAUGCUUUGAGCAAGCAGCUGUUUGCACUCUUACUAAUAUGAGUAGUAUCAGUACACGGAGGAUGUAGAGGACCUCUCUGUAGUUUUGAAGAUUAAUAUAAACCUUGUGGCUAGUUGGUACUAACCUUAGGUUCAAUC